CCCUGCAUCUUGCGAGUCUGUUGAUAGUUUUGACACUCUGAUGCGUCAAAAGUACACUCUGUGUCUGACACUAACCGGCGAUUCUGCUCUGGCAGUUAACACUUUACAAUAUCCCUGAUUGUAGCUACAUGUUAAUUUUCCAAUCAUUCCGUUCGGAAAUGGACUCGUUCGGCCGCAGACUCGUGUAAAGGAAGCGGUCUUCGUAACAGACUCCCCCUUGGCAGCCUCUGAUAGCUCCUCAUGGAGGGCGUAGGGAAGAUGGAGAACAACUGUGCGUUUGAGGAGAAGGACAGUGAGGAGGCCCUGUGGGAGAACGUGGAGAACAACCGCUACAACCUCAGCCGCUCCAUCUGCCCCAGCAAGCUGACCCCGUACCUGCGGCAGUGCAGAGCCAUCGACGAGCAGGACGAGGACGAGGUGCUGCACUCCUGCAUGCUGGUGUCCCGGGUCAACCGCACAGGUCGGCUGUUGGACAUCCUGCACACCAAAGGCCAGCGGGGGUAUGUGGUGUUCCUGGAGAGUCUGGAAUUUUAUUACCCAGACCUCUACAGACUGGUCACGGGGAAGGAGCCUACCCGCAGGUUCUCAACUAUUGUAGUAGAGGAGGGCCACGAGGCCUUGACUCAGUUCCUGAUGAACGAGGUCGUCAAACUGCAGCAGCAGGCCAAAGCGAAGGACGCCCAACACUUGGACACGCUGACCCAGUACCGCACCCUGAAGGACGAACACAAGAGACUGCAGCUGGCCAACCAGGAGCUGCUCACCUUCCAGGAGCGCUACAACAAGAUGAAGGACGAGUGGAACAACUGCAACGAAGAGCUGAUGAAGGUGAAGGACGAGAACUACAACCUGGCCAUGCGCUACGCCCAGCUGAGCGAGGAGAAGAACAUGGCCGUCAUGAGGAGCCGCGACCUGCAGCUGCAGAUCGACCAGCUGAAGCACAAACUGAACAAGCUCGAAGAGGAGUGCAAGAUGGAGAGGAGACAGUCGCUGAAACUGAAGAAUGACAUCGAAAACCGUCCUCGCAGAGAGCAGAUCUUCGAGCUGGAGCGGGAGAACGAGGUGCUGAAGAUGAAGGUGCAGGAGCUGCAGUCUAUCAUCCAGCCUGGUAAUCAAGUACUGCCGGAUACGGAGAAAGCCAUCUUGGACAUCCUGGAGCACGACCGUCAGGAGGCUCUGGAGGACCGACAGGAGCUGGUCAACAGGGUCUACAACCUGCACGACGAGGUUCGGCAGGCCGAGGAUCUCAGAGACAAGUACCUGGAGGAGAAAGAGGAUCUGGAACUGAAGUGUUCAACGCUGGACAAGGAUUGCGAAAUGUACAAGAAUCGCAUGAUCACUGUCAUGGUCCAGCUGGGAGAGGUAGAGAAAGAGAGAGACCAGGCUUUCCGUUCCCGGGACGAGGCCCAGAACCAGUUCUCCCAGUGCCUGAUCGACAAGGACAAGUAUCGCAAGCAGAUCCGCGAGCUGGAAGAGCAAAGCGAUGAGCUGCGUAUCGAGAAUGUGCGCAGGGAGGCCAAGAUGGUCAACCUGGAGUCCAAGUUGAGACGUGCCUUCAAGGAGAACGGGGGCUUGCCCAGAGACCUUCCCCUGACCAUCAUAUCUCAGGACCUCUGCCCGCAGGACCCGAAAAGAGAAUGCCCUGAAGAUGAGUCCGGUGACGAGUCCGAGUCGCCGUUCAAACGCAAACCCAUCUUCAAAGCGCCUCCUCGAGCAAAGUCACCAAUCUCAGUUCCCAAAUCUCCUGACUUUCCAGUAUCUGCAGUGCAGACCAAUGGGGAUUUUCUGGACUGCAAACCUUUAGCCGCCAGCACUGUAAACACAAACUGCACUAGCGCCCCCGGGGCCCCGUGCAGCUCAGCCGAUAUCAUCAACAAACUUUACCUGAGGUGCCGCAGUGGCAGUGUCAUGUCUACAGUGCCCGAGCCACCGGGGAACGACUCCAUUGUCAGGAGGAAUAAGGAGGGAGAACACUGGGUCCUCCCCAGGAGUGCAUGUGAUUGUGACAGUGGAGACAACAUGGAACUUGGAGAACAGGGAAUGAAGCAGGCUGACUACUCCACUCGUUUUCCAGAUGAAGAAAACGAAAGGUUCUCAUACGGCCCACCCUCUGUGCACUCCUCAUCUUCCUCGCACCAGUCGGAGGGUUUGGACACCUAUGAGUGGGAACAAGUCACAAACAUCUUCCGGAAGUAUUCACUGGAAAGACCGUUCCGGCCCUCCAUCUCCUCUUUCACCUCCUCCUGCGCCUACCUGCCACCCAUGCAGUCCGUCUUGCUUCCUGGGGACUCCUUCCUCUCCGAAGUCACUCUGAUAGGAGGCAACGUCACUGGUAUCUUCGUCUCAUCCGUCCAGCCUGGCUCCAGCUCGGAGAAGGCUGGCAUUAAAGAGGGACAUCACCUCAUGCAGCUGGAAGGCUGCAUUCGGGGAGAGAGUCAGAGUAUCCAAUUGGACACCAGCACCCAGGAGGAUGCCCACUGGAACCUGCGACGAUGUACCGGACAGAUCCGAUUGCGCUUCAGGUCCAAUGAAGAAGGUUACAGAAGGCUACGGAGGGACUUGGAAGAGGGCAGCUUGGUGUCGGGGGACUCCUUCUACAUCCGCCUGAACCUGAAUGUGUCGAGCCAGUUGGACAGCUGCUCGCUGUGCGUUCGCUGUGACGAGGUGGUGCACGUGCUGGACACCAGACACUGCAGCAAGUGUGAGUGGCUGUGCGCCCGGGUGGACGCCUUCACCAACAAGGACCUGGAAAGGGGAACCAUCCCCAGCUUCUCCAGGGCUCAGCAGCUCCUCCUGGUGAAGAUCCAGAAGCUGAUGUGCAGGGGAAGCCGGGAUGAGACCGACAAUAUCCAGAGCCUCAGGAAUACAUUACAGCCUGAUGAGGUCACACCCCCUCCAGACCCCAAGUCGAGUCCUCGGCUGUCUCGGGCCGCAGUCUUCAUCACUCAGAUCAUGCAGUUUGUAAGCAGAGCUGAGAACAAGUACAAGAGGAUGAACAGCAAUGAAAGAGUUCGGAUUGUGAACGGGGGGAUUUCCAGUCUCCCGAAACCUGGGGCCGAGUCCCUGAAGCAGGAAGACACAGACUCGGCCAGUGACCUCAACAAGAGCCUGAGCCUGGUCCCGUACAGCCUCGUGACCCCUCGUUACUGUAAGCGCAAGAGGCCGGUCCUGUUUGCCCCCAACACUCUGGCCAAAACCAUUGUGCAGAAGUUCCUUAACUUGGGAGGAGCAAUGGAGUUCACCAUGUGCAAGCCAGACAUUCUGACAAAGGAGGAGUUUCUUCAUAAAAAGAAGACAGAGCUGAUUAUCUACUCCAAAGAGAAGCAUGCCAGUACUACUUAUGAAUGCGUCACUCCUGAAAAUAUUCAAGCUGUGGCCGAAAAGAAUAAACACUGUCUGCUGGAAGCCGACCUGAACUGCGUCAAAGACUUACUACGGAAAGAAAUCUAUCCCAUCGUCCUCUUCAUCAAAAUAUGUGAAAAGAACAUCAGAAAAUUAAAAAGGCUGCCGCUGAAAGUGGACUCAGAGGAGGACUUCCUUAAGAUGUGCCGCUUGAAGGAGAAGGAGCUGGAAAGCCUCCCUUGCCUGUACACCACAGUAGAGCCGGACUCGUGGAGUGGGGUGGAGGACCUUCAGAAGAUUAUCAAGGACAAGAUCCUAGAGGAGCAGAAGAAGACUGUGUGGGUGGAGGAGGGGCUACUUGAGGAGCCAUUGAACUGACAUCACAACUGCAAAGUGCAGCACUGAUCUACAGAACAUUAAGUGGCACUGUGCUCAGAAGUUCUCAGAAGCUCACUGUCACUGUUUCUGCUCUGAGCGGAAAUCUUCAAGGAGCUCGCAGGGUGAACAGGAAAUGACAUCGUCACUCUGAUGUUUUUCUGUGUAGUGAACAAUGUGGAUAAAGGAGAGGCUGUGUCAAAUGACUGGAACCUGUAGGAUGCAGAUUAACGUGGUGUUGUUAGAGCAGUGGCGUUAAACAGUCUUGCAAAUGUGAAGUUAACCCAGUAAACCAGUCUUGCCUUCAGUUGCAUGCAAAUAAAACACACACCACAUUUCAUAUCCAGUAAAACAUACUGUUGAAUGUCACUGUUGUUUUCUUGCAUCUGGUUAAAAUGUAGGCAGAUGUAUACAGCAGUAUAUCUGGUGUGAAAGACAAAACAUUCCCUCUGCAUGAAAAUACAGCCUGAUUCCCAAGUGAAUUACCAUGACUGUUAUUGAUUGCAUGCAAGCUAAUGCAGCAUUAUUCAGAUUUAUUUUUUCUCAUGUCCCACGGUUUUAUUUAUUUGCUGUUAUUUAUUUCUUGUACAGCUUAGAUAUUCAUAACCCACAAUAUCACUUUAUGAGGAAAAAAUACAGUCUACAUUACCAAGUCUGAGUCUUGCAACCUGGUCUGUGAUUCUCUGUGAAUUAUAUUGGCACUCGAAUGUGUGCCAGUGUAAUUAGCAUUACAUAGGGAAGGCUAUAAAUCAAUGUUGUAGUAUCAAUUUAUUGCAUCCGGCAAUGUAAAUGACCCCUUUGCAUAAGUUUUAUGAGCAUGUGUGGCACCUUAAAACUAUCCUGUUUAGAAUUUUCCAUCCCCCCCUCAGAGUAUUUCUUAGCAGUGUACUGUAACAUAUUUCAUUCAUAAGCAAUGUGUUUACGAGCAGGAAAGCACUGUACUAAAAACUUAUUAAAUACAAUAUUUUGCAA